CAAAUAAUCUUUUUUUUUUUCCUUCUCUUCCCCCAGCUCGGGGACUGGAUCACAUUGCUGAGAACAUUCUGUCGUACCUGGAUGCCAAAUCGUUGUGUGCUGCUGAGCUGGUGUGCAAGGAGUGGUACCGGGUGACGUCGGACGGCAUGCUGUGGAAGAAGCUCAUCGAGAGAAUGGUCAGGACAGACUCCCUGUGGAGGGGGUUGUCAGAGAGGAGAGGAUGGGGACAAUAUCUAUUUAAAAAUAAACCUCCUGAUGGGACUGCACCACCCAACUCCUUCUACAGAGCGCUUUACCCCAAAAUUAUACAGGACAUAGAGACAAUAGAGUCAAACUGGCGGUGUGGAAGGCACAGUUUACAGAGGAUCCACUGCCGAAGCGAGACAAGCAAAGGGGUUUAUUGUUUACAGUAUGAUGAUCAGAAGAUAGUAAGUGGCCUACGAGACAAUACUAUUAAGAUCUGGGAUAAGAAUACAUUGGAAUGCAAGCGAAUUCUCACCGGACACACAGGUUCUGUCCUGUGCCUCCAGUACGAUGAACGGGUGAUCAUUACUGGAUCUUCAGACUCAACAGUCAGGGUGUGGGACGUGAAUGCAGGCGAGAUGCUGAAUACACUGAUCCACCACUGCGAAGCAGUACUGCACCUCCGCUUCAAUAACGGCAUGAUGGUGACGUGUUCCAAAGACCGUUCCAUUGCUGUGUGGGACAUGGCUUCACCAACGGACAUCACCCUGAGGAGGGUGCUAGUAGGGCACCGAGCUGCUGUCAACGUAGUGGAUUUUGAUGACAAGUACAUUGUGUCAGCGUCAGGUGACAGAACUAUAAAGGUAUGGAACACUAGUACCUGCGAAUUUGUGCGCACCUUAAAUGGCCACAAACGAGGCAUUGCAUGUCUGCAGUACAGAGACAGGCUAGUAGUGAGCGGCUCUUCAGAUAAUACUAUCAGGCUAUGGGAUAUCGAGUGUGGGGCAUGUUUGCGAGUACUGGAAGGACAUGAAGAGUUGGUGAGAUGCAUACGCUUUGAUAACAAGAGGAUAGUCAGCGGGGCAUAUGAUGGGAAAAUUAAAGUAUGGGAUCUUGUGGCUGCUUUGGAUCCCCGUGCUCCAGCAGGCACCCUCUGCUUACGAACCCUUGUGGAGCAUUCUGGAAGAGUCUUUCGACUCCAGUUUGACGAGUUCCAGAUUGUCAGCAGCUCACAUGAUGACACCAUCCUCAUCUGGGAUUUUCUGAAUGACCCAGCUGCCCAGGCAGAAUCCACUCGUUCCCCGUCCAGAACAUACACCUACAUCUCAAGAUAAAUAACACUACAUUGUACCUCACACUCGCACAGGACUCAUUUAAGCUGCAGUAUUUAAAUUGUCUGCCAAUGCCAGGACAAAAGAACUAUCCACGUAACCAAUACUUGCUGAAGAGAGAAGCUCUCAGACUUGUUUCUGGAACAAAGUUGGCAUGCGGUUGAACUCAGACAGGGUCUACUCAGCGCGGCUGACUGCUAAAGUGCUGCUAUAUCAGAAGAUGACUUUUAUCUUUCAUGAACAGUUAACAUUUUUAAACCUUCCCA